AUGCCGACAUCACCUUACGUCUCUCGAAUCAAUCAGAUUGAUGCGGUGCAGUUAGACGAGGAAAUCUACAAAGUGCUUAGGAAUCAAGCCAGGGAAAUCGGCAAGUAUCAACAGACAGAGAAGAUCGAUCGAUGGCAACCCGAGAUCGACGCGCUCCUCAAAUUCUUCAUAUGGAAUUUCUCGCUGCGCCACGGAAAAUCGACAUUUGGUCAGCAACUGCUCAAUUUGCAUUACGAAAACAUUACAAGCGCAAAGUCCAUUCUCUAUAUGCUUUCGACGAUCGGUCCGGCGUAUGUACGAGAUAAACUCGUGGAUAGUGGCGCGAAUCGUCGUUUCACCAUUUUACUCGAUCGUGUCGCGAACGUCUUGAAGCUCUUCGAGUUUAUAAACUUGUUGAUCUUUAUGCAUCGUGGGACGCAGCCUCGUAUCGUCGAAUAUAUACUCGGAAUCGCGAGUUCUUCCACAACUGUUCACAAACCGAGAAACAUCGGCUACUCGUACAUGACCAGAGAACUGUUAUGGCACGGUUUGAUGGAAUUGUUUACUACCAGCUUGCCCAUGGUCAAUUUCCAUUACUUAAAGCACACGAUGAAGAAGCUAUUCACGCGGUCAAAGGCCGUCGACUUGCAAGGCGUAUUACCGACCAUGAACUUGUCCACCAAGUGCGCCUAUUGCACCGAUACACCGAUUCUACCGGUACACGCGGGUUGUCAGCAUAUUUUUUGCUACUACUGUUUGAACGCUCACUUCACCGUGAUGGUCGAGUUUCAGUGUCCCGAGUGUAGCACGCGACUCUACGCUACUAGUAUGAAAACGUACGAAGCCAGUUCCUCGACCUCCAGCAAACGAGAAAUGUCGAGCACGGCAUUUUAACGUUCUCCGUCUUAUACCAAUAAACAAACAUUUUGUACAUACAGAUAUAUAUAUAUAUAUAUAUACAUAUUCAUAUACAUAUACAUAUUCAUAUACAUAUACAUAUACAUAUACAUAUAUUUCUAUUUAUACAUACGAUUGUACAUGCAUUGUGUUUUAUUUUUUUCUUUUUUAUUAAAAAUACCAAUACAAAAUUCUCUCUAUCUGCUUUCAUACAACGUUACGAUUUAUUCGGUGUUUCCUUCGAAACGAAACGAUGAUGGAUCUGGUAUAUGAUAUACUUCUUGCUUAUCGGAAUAACUGGAUUACCGUAUAAAAAUAUCAUGCCGCCUUAAAAUGUUUUCCGUUUCGUAUAUUCGCGGCAAUAUGCGUUACAUAGAUUGGUCGUUGGUUUAUUCAUUAAGUAGUUUUACUUGCACGAUGGGCGGGCACGUCUAUUCAUUACCUGCUAACAUUCGGAUGGACACGUUUGAAUUCUUUUCGUCCACUCGAUUUCUCCGAUAUCUCGAUUCGGUUGCGCUCUAAUCUUGAUUGGAAUGUUUGCUUAUUCUCUACAGUAAUAGGUAAGUUGCGCGAGCGUGCGAUCGCACCAGCCGUUCCAACGAUUCGAUUGAUAUUCGUUGACAAAAAUUGUUCGAAGACUUAAAAAGACGUACCGUGGCUGUACCUUGUACGAUCACCUGACGUAUAUAGUAUAGUAUAGUAUCACCUGACGUAGGUGUAAUUAACAACCAUAUCCCGCUGUAGUACUGAAUCCGUUAAUCGUAGUAAAAAUGUUGUUAGGCACGUCACUCUUUUCACUUGGCGAAAGAAACUUGGCGAGAUCGCAUUAGCAAAGUAGACAAGAUUAAAACACCUAACGUUUCGAAACAAGGCGGAACAUGGUAUAUUUCAUUUUAUUCGUUAGUCUCCGAAAAUAUGAUUCACCCGGAUCGUAUUUCAUCGAUUCUGAGAAACGUUUUACGGCGCGCGAUUAAAUUGCCAUCAUGAUAGGUUUUCACGUUUUUACAAACGAAGCGUCUUUCGGAAUACGCAUCGUACUAUAUCGAUACUAUUAUUACACUGCGCGUGGAAACAUGCUCCAGAAAGGCAUGUUCGGUCAGUCGAAUGAUCUCGCUGGAUUGUUACUGUAUGUUCGUCUCUCAAUUUCUCUUCUCCUUCGCGAAUCUUGUAUCCGUAUUUCGUUUCGUUAUUCUUUCUUUCUUUGCGUACAAAUAAAAAAGAAAUAAAAUUCGUCAGCAAGAAAGGGGUUUCAGUUUUUGCGUAUCAGACAGAUCGAGGAGGAGAGAAAGAGAAAGAGAAAUAUGCGUCAAGAAAUUUGCCAUAUGCAACGUGUCAGGAAGAAGACAGGAAAUAAGACGAACGAUACGACCUGUACCGUGAUGUUCGAAGGCUAGGUAUCGAAUGCCUCGUUGUCGCUUCCUUACCUAUCAUCGUUUCUUUUUUACCUUUCUUCUUCUUUUCUUCCUUUUAAUUCUAAUCGUUUUAGCAACUAAUUGAUCUGCUAAAUCCCGCAAAAUCAGCUGAUGCACGUACCUACAUGCACAUACGUACGGUACGUAUGUGUGUUCAUGUGUAUAUACAUAUAUACAUAUACCUAUAUUUCUAUAUUUUUCUAGAUAGGAACAUCGAAGAACAGCGUAACGCAUCUCUCUAAAAAAAAAAAGUCGUCGAGCAUCGAUCGAUCGUGUAAGUAUCUCGAGCAGCGUAAAAAUACAAAUAAUAGAAAGGACACGAGUGGAUUCGCGGUAAAAGGAAUCUUGCGGUCAUCGAUCAAGCUUUUUCUCGGAAACAACAAUGAUCGUUACGACAAAAUCGUUCUGCGACGUCCCAUCUCUACCGCGAAAACAAGAACGAUAAUUCUCCGCUACGAAAGCAUGGGAUAGGUACACGAUUUUUGUUAUCCGACCGGUGUAAUGAUCGGACGAAGAAAAUCAAAUUCGAAUCGAAUUUUAUCAAAGAAAACGGUUAAUGUUCGACACAAACACGAGUAACAGGGACGAUCGGGUACAGUCUUGUUACAUCACACACAUACGCGCGCGCAUACACUCGUACGCAUAAAGUACACAUAGCAUGUAUUCCUUUUCUAACAUUUCGAUCAUUUUCAAGCAUGCGAUUUUGCCGCACCAAACAACAAUAAUUUAUGCUUAAAAAGAUUUCACAAAAGACUUAGUCAAGAACUAUUAACGAUAAAAUCGUUCGACUCGUUAGACAUUCUCGAUAAGUUUCAUCGAGACGAUAUUCUGAAUAUUUUCUUGACACGCGAUAAACAAUAAUUUAUAUCGCUAGUCGCACCGACAAAUCGAUCGAUCACUUAAAUCGCGAUAAAUUGAUAUUUGAAGGUGUUUACAUCUUUAAAUAUUGUCGAUCGUAGCGAGCAGAGCAUGAGCUCGUUGCCGAACGCUUUCAUUUCAUCCAUAUACGAGUAUACUCAGAAAAAAAGAAAAAAAAAAAGAUUUAAAAUAUUAAUAAUUUAUGUAGAACACGAGUAUCUUACUUUCGUAAAACGACUAUUGUGUAAACGGACCACAACGUGCAGCUUGUUUUAACAAAAAUAUUCUCGUUCCCCGUAUGUUUAUCAAGUACACGGAUGUUGAGACAGAAAAGAAAAUGAAGAAAAGAAGAGGAAUCACGAUGCACUCAUACGACGACCGAUUAUUGAAAAUAAUUUAGCUGCAGAAUCGUUGGGCAGGCAUUGCACGUUAGCGGUAUAGCUGAGUAUAGACUCAAAUUAUAGUUUCAAGGGUAGUUCGCGAAAGUCGUUUCUCCUGUAAAACGAUCGAUCGUAAUACGGUGAAAAAGACACAACUCGAAAUACCCUCGAACGUUCAAUCGCCCCCUCCGAUCCGCUUCGUGGAAAAAUCAUUCGCAUUUGUACGUUCGACGUCUUUCGCGAGUGAAUAAUAAAUACUUUAUUACAUUGUAAAACUCGAAAACGCGGCUGCUGCGAAAAAAUCCGAAACUCGCGAAAACCGAGAGAAACAUGACCGUGUGCCCUUCUUUUCGCUUUAUCUUUACGUGAGUUCGCAUUUCCGUCUCGGUUGCCAGCUUAGGUUCUACGUUUCUGCCGAGUUUCGAGCUUAGUCGAGAUUAAAUAUUUUAACUUCCCUAAAGCGACAGGUCGCCGAACGUACGGGAUAUCCUACGCCCAUCGCGCAUAUCGAGCUUCAAAGCCUCGUUUUUCCGCACUUUGCUAUACUAAUUGAACCGUUAUCGUUAAUUUAUAGAUACUGUAUACGCCUAUCGUUCAGUCCUAUUACGAACUCUUCACCGUUACACAAAAACAUAUAUGAUACAACGUGUCGAACGACACUACGACUCCCGGAGCAUCGUGUUUCGCGCUCCGUACAAAAUAAUAUGAAAACCAUAUCGAUUCGUCGAAUAUCGCGCGACCACGAUAGAAAGACCAUUAGCAACAUAAAAAAAAAGCUAACGAAACGAAAGUAGUAACGAGUUUCUUAACCUAAGGCACCUUUCGACCGCGUGAAUCGAGGACUGCAGGGAAAAAAAUAAAAAAAAAAAGCAAA